AUGGAAAGGCAACUGGAACCCGCCGAUCUGCCCAGGUUGGAGUUCAUCACGCGUUCGCAAAACAUACAGAAGAAUUUUACCGAGAACAUGAAGCCGGGUCAUUUCUGGCAACAAUUGUUCAGAUUUUAUGUGCACGACCUGGCACGUCAAUGGGCCUUGGCCUUGUUGAUUGCCAUCUUGUCGAUAUUUCCCCAGCUUGUACUCUACGGCUUCCUUUCCAAGAUCGAAAAGGGAACCCAACAUUCGCCCAAAGAUCCCAUGUUGUUGGUCUGGGCACUUGCUUUGUUUCUCACACAAACACUGCAAGUUGGUGCCACGAAUUGGCUGAAAUGGAUUACCGAAAGCCGAAUGGAUAUUCCCCUUGAGUCGUUGGUGCAGACUCUGGUGUUCGCCAAAGCUCUCAGGCAAUACGCAGGACAAGACAGUGAUAGAUCCUCGAAGUUAUCCGGGCAGAAUGGGAGCGCAAAUGGUAACGGUCAGCCGGGCACUAUGCUUAAAACAAAAGAGAGGAGGGAUGGGGAGAUGGGACAAUCGGCCUACAAUCUAUUGAAGGUUGACAGUUCCCGCGUCACCAAUUUUUGUCAGUGCAACAGCGACUUGCCCAUGGCCGCUUUCAAGCUAGCUCUGGCAAGCGCCUUCCUUAUCCGUUUGAUGGGAUGGCUCCCUGUCCUUUCCGGGCUUACUGCCGCGAGUCUGACCAUCCCUCUCAAUCUACACCUGUCACGAAAGCAACGAGACCAGAACUUUGGUUUGAUGCGAGUCCGAGAUUACAAAGCGCAUUUGCUGGCCGAGGCGCUAUUGGGAAUGCGCCAGAUCCGGUACUCGGCCCUUGAGGACUUCUGGGAGGACAAGAUCCUGGCAAGCAGAGACGACGAGCUCAAGCAGUAUUGGAGAGUGGCACUCGGGAAAUGCCUAAUCUUCUUGACUGUUAAUUUUGCCCCAUUGUUAUUAGCCAGCGUUGCCUUCACGGUGUAUGUAUGGCAGCAAGGAUUCCAUAUCAAAGCUUCAGUCAUCUUCACCGCCCUCGGCUUGUUUGACCAGCUGGACGACGCAGUGUCACUUCUACGAAAGGUACAGGUCAACCUACUUGAAGCGUGGGCAAGUGUCUCGAGACUGGACAAGUACUUUGGCCGUCUGGACAAGCAAGUGGUCACUAAGCCAGGGAGUCUGAUUGCUUUCGAGGACGCUACUGUAGCUUGGCCCCGACCUGAAGAUACUGACAAAGUCGGCGAUGCUCAAGCACCACCUCGAGGAGCACAUACCAUGCUCAAAGAUAUCAACGUGAAGUUCCCGCCCGGUGAGCUCAGUGUCAUUGCGGGCAAAACUGGUUCGGGCAAAAGUCUAUUGCUCGCUGCAAUUUUAGGCGAAGUUAAGCUCAUAGCGGGUGACAUCUACGUUCCUUCUGCCCCGGAGCCUAGCGAAGACGAGAAUAUUUCGGACCAAGACUGGAUUAUACCCUCCCUGACGUGCUUUGUAUCCCAGACUCCAUGGAUUGAAAGCGGCACAGUCAGGGACAACGUUCUCUUUGGCCUCAAGUUCGACCGCCUCCGCUACCGCAAGGUUCUCUGCGCUUGCGCCCUUGAGAAGGAUCUGCAGCUUUUGGCUGACGGUGACCAAACAGAAGUUGGACCCAGAGGCGUUUCACUGUCCGGCGGACAAAGAUGGAGAACAGCCCUCGCCCGCGCCCUAUAUUCGCGAGCCGGCAUCAUCGUGAUGGAUGAUAUCCUGAGCGCUGUGGAUACGCAUGUGAGCAGGCUCAUCGUGGGUGAGGCAUUGGCGGGAGAGUUAGCCGUCGGAAGGACAAGAAUUCUUGCGACUCAUCAUGUCGAUCUUGUUCGCCCGUACGCGAGGUGUUUGGUGCGUCUGAGUAGCGGACGCCUCAAGUCUGUCGUGUACAAGGCUCCCGAAAGCCAGAACAUAAGACCUGCCACAUCAAUGCUCGAACCUGGGAGCCUAACGUGGACUCGGCCUGAUGGUAACGGAGCAGCCUCGUCCUCCAGUUCGACCGCGAGGGCUACAGAAAGCAGACAAACCGGCGAAGAGAAGAGAGCUGUUGGAUGGGUCAAAUGGGACGUGUACAAGGCAUAUUAUGAGGCCAGUGGUGGUACCCUGAACUGGGCUCUAGGCAUGGCCGUGCUCUUUCUCGGUCACGUUCUGGGCAUCAUUCGUACAUGGAGUCUCAAGGAACUUGCUCAAAGGGCGUCUUCCGUUGAAGCAAGUUCACAGACAUCGUCUACAACCCAGUAUCAUCAAACAUACUGGCAAAUGACUUUUGGAUACGUUGCUGACCAGCAUAUGCCUUGGAGUUCUAAGCUCUAUAUUCGCUUUUGGAUCUCGACAUAUGUUCUAGUUUGUUUCCUCGUCGGUGCGUCCCAACUCAUCCGCGAUAUUGCCUUCACUCUCAUCGGAAUGCGAGCUUCCAAGAAGCUAUUUGAACAGCUCACACAUACGAUCCUCCGUGCGCCUAUCCGAUGGAUUGAAACUGUACCAGCGGGCCGUGUAUUAAACCGCUUCAGUUCGGACAUGUCAGUCGUCGACAAACCGCUGGCCACCCCGACGUUUACGUUCCUACAAGCAGCCCUACUACUGAUGAUCAUCGUCGUGACAUGUUCCUCCGUCUCGCUAUACGUCCUCUUCUUUGUCAUACUCCUUUUUGCCCUCUACGUUUAUAUUGCAAACUACUUCAUAUAUGUCGCCAGAGAGGUCAAGCGCCUUAAGUCCGUCUCCAACUCCCCAAUCUACGACCAGUUCAGCUCCGUGCUGUCCGGAUUAACGACCAUUCGCGCCUUUCAAUGCACUCAAUCGUACACCAACAACUUGUACCGAUUGAUUGACGCCAACAGCUCCGCAAACUGGGCACAGCAACUCUUGAAGAGAUGGAUGGGUUUUCGCAUGGGCAUGCUCGGCGCCGUCUUCGUCACCAUCGUGGCCAGUGUCGUAGCACUGGGUGGUGUAGGCGCUGCGCUCGCGGGAUUCAGCUUGUCUUUUGCCUUCCGUUACACGUCCGCACUAACAUCUUUACUAGAGUCCGUGGCAGCGCUGGAAUUGGGGUUUAGCUCCUGCGAGAGGGUGUUGGAGUACAUCGAGGUUGAGCGUGAAAGCGAACAGGGUCUGGACGCCCCUGCAGCCUGGCCAGCGGAUGGGAACAUCGAAGUCGAAAACCUCACGGCCUCGUAUGCCUGCGAUCUUCCUCCUGUCUUGUCCGAUCUCAGCUUGACCGUUGGAGCCGGCGAGAGGGUUGGGAUUGUUGGCCGGUCGGGCGCUGGCAAGUCGACGCUUGCCUCUGUUCUUUUCCGUCUUCUUGAACCCAGCAGAGGCUCGGUCCGCAUUGACGGCCUCGAUAUUUCGACAUUGAAGCUAACGCAGCUGCGAAAAAGUCUCGUCAUUAUCCCCCAAGAUCCAUUCCUCUUCUCAGGCACCCUACGUUCCAAUCUAGACAUCGAAGGCCGUCUAGAUGAUACAGAGAUAUACGACGCCCUUCGAAGUGUCAACCUAAUCGGUUCAACCUACAACAACCAGAGUUACCCACCAUCUUUUUACACUCCGGUCAUGGGACCCAGCACGGCCGUCUCUACCCACCCGAACACGGCUUCCACCACACCGCUCCUGGCACCGAUUGUUUUCCCCCAAACCGUCGACUUCGCCGUCGAGCCCGCGGCCGAAGAAGUCGACAUGUUCGACGACAUCCACACAUUGGGUGACAACCGCGUCCAAAUCACCCCUUUCGUUCUCGACACCAGCGACAUUGACCCCCUCAACCUCCUCACUUUUGAUUCACAUCCCGAAAAUCCAACACUCCUCACCUCCAUCCUCGAAGUCGAACAAACUCCCACAUCCGAGCCCGCACACAUACUCGAACCCUCACCAACAGAAGAAGAGCCCAUAUCCCCACCUCCCGUAACCCUUCCAGCCCCUCUGCUCCCUCUUCCCCCCUCCCCAGCCAUCUCCGCCACAACCACAGCUACCAACUACACCGCCCCCGAUCGCCACCGCAUCAACCCUUUCACCGACCUCUCCCACCCCAUCAUCACAGGCGGGUCCAACCUCUCGCAGGGCCAGCGACAGCUCGUCUGCCUCGCGCGCGCUUUGCUUACCCGCCCCAAGAUCAUGAUUCUGGAUGAGGCCACGUCGGCCAUUGAUAAAGCGACCGACGCAGCCAUCCAGCGUUCGCUGCGCAAGUGCGUUGAGAGUACCGGCACCACGGUGCUGGUGAUUGCCCAUCGGCUGUCGACGGUGGCCGACUUUGAUAAAAUCCUAGUGUUGGACAAGGGGCAGGUGGUGGAGUUUGGGGCGCCGCGAGAGCUGGUGAGGAGGGGGGUCGAGAGGGAGAGGGAGAGGCAUAGACAGGAUGAUGGUGGUCAUGAUGGUGGCGCUAGUGAUCACGGUGAGAGGCUAGCGGAAAGAAGUGUUGGUAGUAAUGACUAUUUUGGUGAUGACGAAUGUUCGGAGGAGGACAUGGAAGAUGCAGAUACGAGUACGUUUUGGGGGCUGGUGAAGAAGAGUACGGAACGGGAUAGGUUGGUGGAGAUGAUUCUGGGGGAAGGUCACUAAAGCCAGCAAGAAGCCUCAUACAAAGGCACCCGCGCAGUUGGGCAAAGUAGAGGUUGGGAAGGAACAAAACACGAAAAGGAAACUAAGCGAAAGUCAGAUUAAAUGAUAUCCGAUGAGGCUGGGCGGAAAGUACCA